GCAGUAAAUCAGUAAAAUUUAAAUAAAAUGUGGCUUUUUGUAAAACAGUGCUUCCUUUGCGUAAACCUGUUCUUCCCAGUGUUGGCAGUUUUCGCUUCUGGACACGGAAACGCCCAGACCACAUUACUAUUAGCCAAUUCAAGUCACACCACAUACAGUUUCCAUCAAAUGAGGGAGUGUAAACAUGAUGAGUUUUAUGAUUUGGACACAUUUUCAUGUAUGGCCUGCGGCAAGGAGGACAAAGACUUGCAAUCAACGCCAGAUAAGUUCUCCUGCGAGUGCGUUGCCAAUUAUGUCACUAUUGCGCUCUACGACACGCAACACCACAAUCCGUUAUGCGCAGAGAAGUGCUCAGACAUAUUAUCCACCCACAAAGGUUGUCAAGUUGUAACCGCUAAUAGCAGUAAAACACAUUGUGAAUUUAAAUUAGUUAACUUUACUGAUCCCAACAACGACUUCACGCCACGAUCGGUUGCUUCAACGAGGCCAAUCCGCUUAACACCUGCCGGCAUGCACGCGAAUGGUAUUUGCAAUAUUUGCGAUUUGAAAUAUAACUACCGUUAUCUGGACUACUGCAUUGCGAAUGCGGUGCUCAAGCCAUAUUUGAAAUACAACUCUUUUUGGCAAUCGACCAGCGCUAACGCCGUACACUUUGGCGACCUAAAGUUCGUGGUCUUCUUCUGUUUGGCUCUACGCAAUAACACUGCCUGCAGCCAGCUGGCGAAUCUCUGUAUAAUGUCGCACUACUCGUCGGAUAAGAAUUCACCUUGCAGUGCGUUUCUGCUAACACAAGUCUCCGAUGUGGCCGUCAAGUAUGCCAGCAUGGACGAGCACUUGCAGGCGACGAAGCCAUCGUUGUUCUACAAAAAAGGCAAAGAGACCGCCAAAAUGCUAACGGAGCCGCUGGGCGUAAGUCCGAAGCAGCUGCAACUUUUCAGCACUGCUUAUCAUUUGGACGGCAGCUUGCGUCGCUGGGGUGCAUUCAAAAUGAGUCAUGUGAAUUUAUGCCAAAUGCAUGCUCAAAGCGAUGCCGCCGAUUGGAAACCGCAACAGGAAAUACAAUUUGCACGCUUCAGCAAACCGAUUCGCUGCGAAUUGACUGUGGAGAAUCUGAUUGAUUUGGCUAAAAUAUACGCGAAUAAUAACUUUUUGGGUUUAUUUUUGAAUAUAUCGCGUGAAACGAGUUCCGUUGUAAAAAGUGUUAGUUUGGAAGCGUUGCCGAUUUUAAUUGAGGACGUAGCACCUGAAAAUUUGCGCGCUGCAGCGGCAGAGUGGCAAUUGGUAAAACGUUUCCAGCUUAUCGAAGCCCAACCCCGACAUGCCCGAAUCCAUGAUCAGCAGUCGAAGUAUGAAGACGACUUUAAGCUCUCGCUAUACCGCAGCAUAAGAUAUGUGGAGUCCUUCGAAAUGCAUUACGAAAUUCAUGAUCGCAAUCAGAUCGGUAUACCGCUAGUGAAGCUGCGCUAUCGGCAUGUUGACUUGAGCGCCAAUGCAACACUGAAUGCUGUGCAUCCAUUUAAAUUGCAAAUCACUUUCGAGCGCAUCGGAGAGGCCACACAAAGGAAGUUCAUGUUUGAAGUGAUGCUGCCGGCCCUCUUAUUCAUCGCAUUAACGAUGGCUAUGCUGCAAAUGCUUAACUAUAGGAAACGCCAUAACGCACUAACAACAACAACAGCUGCGACAACUGAAUGCUGCACACCAUCCUCUUGUUUGCUGGAAUUCCUGUUGCACUUCAGCUCUUACGCAGCUAAUGCAGCACUGUUGAGCUUUGUACUCUACAUUCUCGUCUAUCCAGUGCAAUUUCUCACACAGCGCUCCGUUGCGAUCACAUUGCCAAUCAUGAAAGACGAUCAACGCUCAUUGCAAAUUCUAAUUUAUGCAGCCGUUCUUUUGAAGUUGACAUUUAUUUGCGUGCAUUUUUGGCGAAUCAGUCACUUUGAUCUGUUUCUCAUUGACUGGGAGCGUCCGCGUAGUUGUGAGGCUAAUCACUUCACUUUGAAGAAUAAUCUGGAGACGUCAUCCGUGUGCUCUAGUGUGCGCACAUUUGCCACUGAGAAUAUUUCGACGUGGCGCAUAAUUUUCAUAGCAAAUGAAUGGAUACGUUUGAGUGCGAAACAGAAACAUUCCACAGCCUGGCAGGGUCUAUUGGUACUACCAUUGGUUCAGGUUUUCUUGACAGCUCGUUGGAUCAGUCAAGACCUAGCUCUACAGUUGUUCUUCAUUGUUUCUAUCAGCCUAUUGAUCUACAGUAUGCAGUUGCUAGUGUGCAGUUUUGUCUUUAACCGACUUUUUGGUGAUCCUCUGCAAAAAUUCAUCGAUCUCUGUUCGCUGUCUAAUAUAUCUGUUUUCAUGCUAUUGGAGCAAAGCUUCGGGUUCUAUAUACAUGGCAGAUCUCCUAAUGGUUUUGCGGAUACUGAUAUGUAUUCGAUGCUGGCUCAGAUGCAUCGAAACUCGCAGCAUCGCUGCAGUCGCAAAGGUUUAUUGGGCGAUUCGGAUCAGCAGAGUUAUAUAAUUUUGCCGCCUUUGAAUUUACGAAUUUACUUUGAGAAGUUGUUGGCGCCUUAUCAACGCUCCUAUAGCAUAUCCCAAGCACAUUUCCAGAAAGAAAUCAACACGAUCGAUGCGGCAAUGGAACGCAGCGCAGCGACUUUCAAUAAUCUAAAUCGAUUUCUGUGCGCUUUCAUAGAUCACGCUAUCAAGGAUAUGGAUUAUAUAAUAAAGGAGAAAACUUUCAUUGAGAAACUAUUAAACUGCGAAUGUGAUAAUUAUUUAACGGAAAACAAGGGCACAUUCUAUAUCGAUAAUGCAAAAUCGUUUGACCAAUUACUGCUAUACGGCAACAGUUUAAAUAUCUUCAUAAUGGAAUUGGCCUCGCUUCUAGCGCUUUAUAUGCUGACAAAUAAUUUAAUAGCAGCUGUGGCAAUCGUUUAUAUACUCAAUAAGCUGCUCCAACAUAUCUACACAAAUUGGCUACGCCAAAAUGUAACAACGAAGACUUCCAUUGAUCAACGCUUUCUAAUGUAAAGAAAAUGGUGCUUUGCGACAAAAUGACUUUAAAAAACGCAACUUUAGCAGAAAUAUCAUUAAAAUAUUUAUAUUUUGCUGGAACCUAACGAAUUCGCGAAAAUAGUCAAACUCCAGUUAUUGUUUUACAUUAAAUAUUCAGUUGUUUAUUAAUUCAUAUGCUUUUGCUUAGAAAUAGUGCAGUAGACAUUAGAGUUCAUAACAUAUCUCACAUGCAUACGCACACAGACAUAUGCAUGCACAUGUAUUGCCUAAACUAGAGCACCAUCUGCUCAUCAUGGUAAUCAACACUUCGCUCACAUUAGCAUUACUACUUUGCCAAUGUUUAUAAAUUAUAGGUAAACCUAUCUCUAC